AUGGUUCGCAUGUUCUUAGACUCUCGCACGAGACUGGACGCUGUGUGUGUGCCCGCCCCGCCUGGGCUGUAUUUCCCAUCUCGGGGCUGCUCCGAGGCGCGCAGCAGCAAGGAUCGGAGGCUACGGCUGCACACGGCGCGCUCCGUGCAUUUCGGCAAGCUGGAGCGCUUGCAGGAAAGCGUGGAGGAGAACGAGGACUUGUUCGAGGACGCCGACGGCACCAUGUGGCAGGAGUCCAAACACGAAGAGCACGAGAUGAGCGUCAAGGCGGCCAAGGCUACCUACCGUUGGCCCGACACGAACCAGCUGUCCGAGAAGGAUGCGUCCGAGGGCACGCAGAAGGAGCUGGCGGGCAUCGACAUAGACGCGAACAGCUCCUUGACCGAGUCCGCACAGGACAGGUACAGUGCCACGUCCAACCUGAUCACGAUCCCCUCCAACGUGCGCAGCUCCCAGGAGGAGAAGACGUUCAAGGAGACGUCCGAGGACAUGGCAAAGGCGCGUGUCGAGAAGGCUGACCAAUCUACUAUCGACGGGCACGAUAUGAGCCAGCUGUCCAAGAAGGAGAACUCCGAGGAUACGCGGAAGGAGCUGGAGGACAUCGACAUCGAUGCGAACAUCAUUCCGAACGAGUCCGCACGGGGCAAGUACGUUGUCGAGUCCAACAGGAAGACUGAGCAAGAUCGCGCCGCGGACGAGACGAACACGGCGAAUAUCGAGGCGAAGCACGGCUUGGACAACUACAGCUCCAACGAGAGGACUGAGGACGGGGGCAAUGAGAAGAUCGGGAAAGCGGUUCAGGCCAAGAACGACGGGCUCGACAAGAACCAGCUGUCUGAGAAGGAUUCGUUCGAGGGCACGUUGGGGGAGCUGGAGGACAUCGUGAACCCCACCAUGCUAGAUAAUCGCCACGUCGUUGGCAUGAUCUAUGAUGAGCUGGUCUCCAUGGCACAGGAAGGGGCGGAGACGCCGUAG